UGCAUGCCCGGCGCCCGGGUCGCGGCCCACCUGGACGCGCUGGGCCCCCUGGUCCCCUACGUGCCGCCGCCGCUGCUGCCCUCUAUGUUCUUCGUGGGCCUGUUCUUCGUCAACGUGCUGAUCCUAUACUACGCCUUCCUCAUGGAGUACAUCGUCCUCAACGUGGGCCUCGUCUUCCUGCCUGAGGACAUGGACCAGGCGCUCGUGGACCUCGGCGUGCUGUCUGACCCCGGCUCGGGCCUCUACGAUGCCGACUCGGAGCUCGACGUCUUCGAUGGUUACUUGGAGUAGGCUUGGCUGCCGGCCCCCCAUCCCCCGCCACGACCCGCAACCCUCCAUCCGGAACGGACACCCAGAUCAUGCCUCCGCUGCUGGUUGGAGGCACCGUCUGGCCAGGGAUGGAACCCCCAGGACGAGGCCCUCUCCAGUCUCCCAGGCCUGCCUGCUCCCCUCACAAGCUCCGUGCCAACAGAGAGGUUCCUGUCCAGACCCAGAACGGUGGGACGGAGACACUGAGACUGAGUGCCGGGCUGGGAAGGCGUCUGCCCCUACCCAAGGGGGACGGCUGGGGUGGCUGGAGACCCCACCCGCCCACAGCUCGCGCCGCCAGCCUCACCUUGGCUGCUGGCCUUUCGCCAUCACGAUGGAUGUUUACAGGAGCCCAGCCAGUCUGCCUCCCCGCUCUUCGCCCCCAGCCGCACCGCUUCCCCCACGUCACCUUCCCAGAGGACGCUUCACACUCGGGACACACACACGCAAGCGACUCCCAGCCCCGUCUGAAGCCACUGGGGCCCCAGCCUGGUUGGGUCUGGCCUGAGGCUGGUCCUAGACGCAGUGACUGUGGCAGGGAGUGACUCAGAGGAAAAGAAGCCCAGGAACGUGUCGGCCGAGGGCAGGGUUUCGACUCACUCCUUUCGAGUGGCUGGUUCUUCACCACGUGGCCAGAAGUGACUUCGCACCGGGAGAGGGCCACGUUGCUCCUCUGGCCGGAAAUAUUUUUGAAAAUGUGAGUGGUAUGAAUACUUGACUUCGACAGACCUGUAAAAGCAAUACUUAGGAGCCUGACUUAUUUCAAUUAAAAAAUGUAUGCAACUCCA